AUGAUAGAGAAGAAGCUAACUGAGAAACUUUCCAAGUUCCUUGAUGAAAUGAAAGGACUUCAACCAAACAUUCCACUUCUUCAUGCUUUGUCACAAAUGCCUACAUAUGCAAAGUUCUUGAAACAUAUUCUUUCUAACAAGAGUAGGCUUGAGGAGAGUGAUUCUAUCUCCAUUCUAACGGAGAUAAGUGUUAUCCCUCAAAAUGAGCUUCCCGAGAAUUCUGGUGACCCCGGUAGUUUUGCUAUACCGAUGAAGGUUGGGGAUCUUGAAUCAACAAAUUCUUUGUGUGAUCUUGGGGCUAGUGUUAGCCUUAUGCCUCACUCUAUGGCAAAAAGAUUAAAUCUUGGGGAGAUUAGCCCCACCAAAAUGUCAAUCCAACUAGCCGAACGCUCGGUUAGAGUCCCAUUGGGAGUCUUGAAGGACAUCCCAAUUCAAGUGGGGAAGGUUCUUGUGCCUUGUGAUUUUGUAAUCAUGGAGAUGGAUGAGGAUUUCAAAAUUACUUUCAUAUUAGGUAGGCCAUUUUUGAAAACCGCGGGUGUUAAUAUUGAUAUGAAACAAGGGCGGCUUACCUUACAUGUUGGGGAUGAAAUAAUCUCUUUCUCAUUUCCGGAAACGUUGAAUGACCCUAUGGUUAAACAAGUUCAUAGGGUUGAUGUUUUGGUUAAUAUUUUGAAGGAAGACAUGCAGGAGUCACAAGAUGAAUUGAUUCAUGCUCCGGAGGUGAAAAAGCAAGAGAGGGCCAAGAAGAAAAAGAAAAACAAGAUCAAGUUAAUGGACAAGUUGUUUGGUUGCAUUUCUAAUGAUGAUAGAAAUGUCAUUAUCUUGCCUAAGGAGAAUGGCAAGUGUGUGGAAACAAUGAGGUGGGUCAAAAAGGUGUGGCUUGACCCUCCCUAA